UUAACUUCUGCCUCUUUUUUUCUCCUCGUGAAGGAAAAUUCUUUAGUCUUUUUCUCUCCUCGAGAAUUACGCAAACCCAGAAAUAACUCAAAACUGAAAAGUUAAAAAAAAAAAAACAGAGAAAGAGAAUGACGGCAUCAGGAGGAGGAGAAGGAGGAUCAACGGCGGCGACGGGGAGGAUGCCGACGUGGAAAGAGAGAGAGAACAACAAAAGGAGAGAAAGAAGAAGAAGAGCCAUAGCAGCUAAAAUAUUCACCGGACUUAGAUCUCAGGGCAAUUAUAAACUCCCUAAACACUGUGACAACAAUGAAGUCCUUAAAGCUCUUUGCCUUGAAGCUGGUUGGAUCGUUCACGAAGAUGGCACCACUUAUCGAAAGGGUUCUCGACCGACAGAAGCAACACCGUUGUGUUCGUCAAUUCAACUUAGUCCACAAUCAUCAGCCUUUCAAAGCCCAAUUCCGUCGUAUCAAGCUAGCCCAUCAUCGUCAUCUUACCCAAGUCCGACCCGGUUUGAUCACAUUCCAAACCGGUUUGACCCGAAUCAAUCAUCGACUUAUCUAAUUCCUUAUCUUCAAAACCUUGCUUCGUCGGGAAACCUCGCUCCUCUACGAAUUUCCAAUAGUGCCCCUGUUACACCGCCGAUUUCUUCACCUAGAGGGUCAAAUCCGAGACUCCCGAGAUGGCAAAGUAGUAAUUUUCCAGUCUCAGCUCCGUCAAGCCCAACACGGCGUCUCCACCACUACACAUCGAUUCCAGAAUGUGAUGAAUCGGAUGUUUCGACGGUUGAUUCGUGUCGAUGGGGAAAUUUCCAACCGGUUAACGUUUCUCAGAUAUGUCCUCCGUCGCCGACUUUUAACCUCGUCGGGAAAAGCGUUAACGGCGGCGGAGGAGACGUGUCGGUGAAGCCGUGGGAAGGUGAGAAGAUUCAUGAUGUUGGUAUCGAUGACUUGGAGCUGACGUUAGGUAACAACACCAAAGGACGCGGCUAGGUUAAUAUCGUAGUUUAACUAUUUAGUCGGGUCCGGUACGGGAUUUGGUUCCGGUUUAACCGUAGCUAAUAGAUUGGUCUUUGUCUU